CAGAGUCGCCGCUUCGCUCUCGGCACAGCGCAGAGCGCGCGGCUCUCGGCUGCUCCGGCAGAGUUGAUCGGUGUCCGGAUACCUGAUGGAUGUCUGGAGGACCGCGCCGGUGACCCAUGACUGAUCAGGCACACUCUCGCAGCGGAGACGCGGAUCGGCUCGGUAUCGAUCAUCGGUGACUGAUUGGCAGCUGACAGCGCGUGAGAACGGAGUUGAGCGCGUGAAAGCAAACAGGACUCUACUUUCUUCAUCCGUCCAUCACCUCCUCCUCCUCCUCCGGAUGAAGACUCCCCUCGGUCCCUCUCAGCUCCUGGAGAGCGCUCAGAUCCUGACCUUUAGAGGGAUGUGUCAGGAGCUGAUGGACUCAGCGACACCUACAACCAUCUCUGUCCAGCAGACCCCAUCUCCAGGUCAGGGCGGGGCCUACUCACUAUGUGAGGUGUGUAACCUGCAGCUGACCUCCGCUGCUCAGGCUCAGCUGCAUUACAAUGGCAGGUCUCACCUCCGGAGAGUGAGACAGCUCCAGCCUGGAAAAACAGGACAACAGGCGGCAGGGGCUCAGACCAGGUCUCUUCCCCCGGCCACAGGGCUCACCUCUCAGCCUGCAGGACUACCUCCGACUCCUGGUCUCAGUCCGAGCCUCAGCGCUCCAUCCAGCACCGCUGCAGGAGGUGGCUGUGGUGCAGUGGGCGGGGCAUUACCAGGACUUAUAGGUGCCACCGGUCCCUCAGUGAUGAUGAAACCCUUCCUGUCAUUUCCUGUCGAGACGACGUCUCCGGUUGGACUUUUCCCAAACUUCAACACGAUGGACCCGGUGCAGAAAGCCGUUAUCAACCACACUUUUGGUGUCACCAUGAUACCCAAAAAGAAGCAGGUCAUCUCCUGUAACGUCUGCCAGCUGAGGUUCAACUCUGAUUCUCAGGCCGAGGCUCAUUACAGAGGCAGUCGCCACGCGAAGAAGCUCAAGUCUCAGGAGAACAAGGCUAAGACCAAGCUGCCAAUCACUGCAGAGACCAAUGGGAGCGGCUGUAGCCCCGCUGGCUCCGCCCCCCCAGCCUCGGCCAACAGCAGCAUCAAUCAGCACACAGAACUCCUCUCCAGCCUCACCGACUCCCCCUCUCCCCUCAAACCCUUCCUCCUCCCCUCCACCUCCCCUCUGUCCUCCUCCUCCUCCUCCUCCUCCUCCUCCAGCAGAGCCGGCAGCGAGCCUCCUCCCUCCAGCCCUCCCUCGGCCCUCCCAGCUCCGGGCCUUUCCUCCUCCUCUUCCUCCUCUUCCUCGUCUUCCAAAUCCUCUCCUCCUCCUGCUCCUCCAGCUCCCGUCACCUCCUCCUCUUCCUCCCCUGCUCCUCCUCCUCCCCCCUCCCAGGAUGCGCCUCCCUCAGCGGAGUCAGAGGAGGAGAAGGCAAAGAAGCUGCUGUACUGCUCUCUGUGCAAAGUGGCCGUCAACUCUCUGUCCCAGCUGGAGGCUCAUAACGCAGGUUCGAAGCACAAAACGAUGCUGGAGGCUCGCAGCGGCGCCGGGCCCAUCAAAGCGUAUCCUCGACCCGGAGCCAAGCUGAAGAGCGGCAGCAGCUCGGCUCUGAAGGGCUCCGGAUUGCAGAACAAAACUUUCCACUGCCAGAUCUGCGACGUCCACGUCAACUCAGAGAUCCAGCUCAAACAGCACAUCUCCAGCAGGAGGCACAAGGACCGAGUGGCUGGAAAACCCAGCAAACCCAAAUACAGUCCUUACAACAAGCAGCAGCGCAGCUCACUCACUAAGGAGUUGGUGAAGCCCUCCCUCUCCCCCUCCUUCCUCUCCACUCCCUUUGCUCCUCCCCCCUCCUCCCUCACCUCCUCCAUCUCGCUCCCUCCCGUCUCCCUCUCCUCCUCCCCCCUCCUCACCCCCACCUCCUCCCCCCUCACCCCCACCAUCUCCCUCCAUCCUCGCCCUCCGGCCUCCUCCUCCCUCUUCACCGCCUCCUUCCUGCGUCCGGCUCCUGGACCAAUCAGAGCGAGCCAAGGGUCCAUCCUCUUCACGCCGUACUGACGGCGGCGGCGGCGGCAUUGGGGAGUCGAACCCGUGACCUCUGACCUCUGACCGGCUGUUUGUUGGAGUUCCAGGUGAAGGAGAGACAUCCGGACUGCAGGCUUUCAAACCUGCAACCUCCUCAUCGGACUGAGGCUUCACAGAGAGGAGAGGAAGCUGCUCCUCCUCCUGUCUGGAUCAGAUGUUUUUAAGGCGAUGGCUGUGGAGUUUAAAUGAACCGGAACAGAACCAGAAAAACAGGAAAACUAGGAAUUCUUUUAUGCAGACAUGGGAUUAAAAAAAACUCACAGCGUUGUUCGACAUCGUCUAGAAAGCAAUACGUGUUCGGAUAGUUAAAAAAAGUGCAGCUCAUUUGUUGUCUGAUGUCAUUAUGAUGCUCCAGAAACAGGAAGUCCAAGAAGGAUUCAAACUUUUCAGCAAAAACAACUCCGAAACAUCUCUGGCGAACCUCAGUUUGUGGCAGCCUGGAUGAGCUACGAAUGAAACCGGGUUUUUCUUUCAACAUAUUCUGUUAUGAUUGAGACGACAAGAAGCAGAAUCUAAAACCAAAACCCAGACAGAAAUGAACACGGUGAAUGUUCCUACAGGGCGUCCUCGGCUUAAGUCGGAGCUCCGUUCCUACGGUGUGACGUAAGUCGAUUUUCGCUGUAAGUCGGAACUGCGGUGAAAACAUAAACAAAAUGUGCAAAGCUCGCUAGAUUUGUCGCUUGUCACUUUUGACAAAAAAAGUCACCAGGAGGAUUUGGAAAGUCACCAGAUUUAGCGAGAAAGUUGCCAAGUUGGCAACACUGGAUCCACUCGUUAACUAGUUCCACUGAAGAAAUUCUGACGUAACGAUGAAACGACGUACAUUAAACCGAGGACCGCCCAUAUCCAGUUCCGACGUGAUGGCAAAACGCCGUAAGUCAAGGACGUCGUACGCCGAGGACCUCCUGUACUGAUCGUUUUCAUGCUGAGGAUAGAAGAAGGUGAACCAGAAGGUCUGGACCCAGGUCUGUUCCUCAGCGUUUGGACGAGGCUGGAGGUCGACGUCUCUGCACUGAUGUUUCUCACUUAGAUUAUUUUUGAACUGGGGAAAGAAGGAUUAAAUUCCAAGGCAGGCGGUAUUUUUGGGGCUGGACCGAAUAGCAGUUUCUGGGCUCCGGAUAUUCGCCUCAAUUAAUGACAAAUAUCAGAAUUUUCAGUUCGGCUCGGAACAUCUGACGGGCGGGGGGCGAUGAGAAGAAUAUUAGGAUCGAUGCAUAUCAUAAUGUCCGACGUCGGGUGAAUUGACGAGACGAAUGCCAAUCACACGACAUCGUCCGACGUGGGGGGGUGGAAUCCGAAUAUUCAGAUCUAAAAAUAAAUAUUCGGAUACCAACGUCACGACCGGAUAUUCGGAUAUUUGGGUCCAGUCCUAAUAAUUUCCCAUAAAAGUUAGCCCAUUUCUAAAAAAACUUUCCUCUUCCUGUUCCUACUGAAGGUUUAAACCUGUAAAAUAAAGGCUUACAAAUGCAUAGUUUCAUUUUAGCCCUUUAAUCUGCAGGUGAUUUUUAAAUUACAUCCAGACGUUGUCAGCAGCAGCUCCAGACUGUCAGCUGAACUCCCUCUGGAUGAGAAAAACUAAACUUCCGCCGAAUCAAAGCACUAAGUUUAAAAGCAAAUAACGGCCUUUGAGAGAUCAAAUCAUGAGAACAGGGAUGUUUUUACCAAAUGUGACUCAAAUAGGAGGAAAUGUUGCAUUUACUGUCGGACUGUUUUCAGUUUGACCUCCAAAUAAACCGGUCAGAUAAUCCAGAUAAACACUUGGCCUGUUGUCAAUCUGUCUGAUGGUCUGAGUCACCACUGCUGUUUUUUUUUUUUUUUGACCACUCUGAGCUUCUUAACGCUUUUCACUGAUCUCACCUCACUGAGUACAAUUUUUAUAUUACUAAUACAAAUUUUGGUACAAAACUAUUAAAAUAAAACCAAUAAUUGCAGGAAAAGGCCGAGUCAUAACUCUGAAACACUUCACCUGCUAUGAAAUACCCUUCGUAAGAGUUUAUUAAUCCAAAUAAAACCCAUUUUUAUUUGUAAAAAAACAGAAAUCCUCUCUUUAUAAUAAUUUCUUUUUUCUGUUAUAUCUCCAUGUUGUUCUCUAAACUGACCCCCAAUGUCAUUUUAAUGAUAAAAUAUUCGUUUUUUUGCCGUUAAACAGCUCGAUUUGAAUAUAUUUUAGCUGAAAAAACACCAAAUUUAGCUUUAAAAACCUUAAAGGGUGUAAUAUAUGCUCUUUUGGCAGCAUGUAAAACCAAAAUAUUCCAGAUCAUGACCACUUCAUCGAUGCUAGCUGCAGCCCAAGCCGGUUAGAUCAAUCCAGAGUUAUUGUUCAAUGGAUUAAUUAAUAGAUUAACUUUCUCUCAGUUUUGGAAAAAACCUAAAACAAACAUUAACAGAAAGUCGUCCUUUUAUCUGAUGUCAUCUCUGAUGUCUCCGCUGCCUCGUUCUGGACCCUGGACUGGACUAGACUACUUCCUGGUUUUACAGUGAAAAAAGCUUUCAGUCCUGAACUCUGUCAUUUCUUUCCACCUUCCUGCUGGAACUGAACCUCCUGGAGUCUGAAGCAUCCGAGCAAAAACUGGAACAAAUCACUGGAACUUCUCACAACCUGUUCUCCUCCAAUAAUCCUCCACUUUCCAUGAGCAAAGCUGAAUAUUAACUAUUAAUAUUAUUAUUUCUUUGUUUUUUUUUGUGCUCUAAUAAUUUAUUUUACAUUGUUUGUUGUAAAUAUUUGCCCAAAAGCUUUUCCUCGCUUUCGAACAACCGCUUGAAACAAGAGUUUUGUUGUUUUCUAAAGUCAAAGGUCCACUUCUUAGCUUCAUUAUGAGGUUUCAGCUGCAUCUCAGAGGCUUUCUGGAUGGAUGGAGAUGCUAUGAGGUGCUCUGCAGCUCACCUCUGCUGCUCCCUGCUCUGUUUGUGCUGUAUUGUUUAAUUAUGACAGGAGCUUAUUAGUGUGCUGCUGCAGAGUAAAUCCACUAACUAUCACAUCAACUGUGAAUAUUCAGUCCUCAGCCAGACAUUAGAAGAAAUCAGUCACCUUUAAAAGGUUCAAAUGUGGCAUUUUUAUGGAGAAAACUGAUGCCGCUCCGUUAAUAUGUGAAACAUGAGAGGGCUGAUGAGACAAAAUAUCAUCUUUUAAGUUGCUCUAAAUGUCGAAUUUGUUCUUUUCCAGCUUUUACGGGAUGUAACAGUCAUUGCAUUUUUGAGAAACCCUGACAUUAACCACAGGCAGCACUAAGUUUCUGCAUAACAAUGGCCUGAAAAGACGACAGAUAACAGGAAAAGAGUAAAAAGAGCAUUUGACGGUGUUCCCUUUUGAAAUAUUUUAACAUUUUGUCUGUUUUGGCAGGAAGGUUUAAACUGGAAGAACAAAAUUCAAAUGCAGUUUUCAGCCAAAACUGACCUUUAAUGCAGUCAUAAUUACCACAACUAGCAAUUCUGUGAUGCCAGUAAAGUUGUUUCAAUGAGUAAAGGUGGAGUUUUUAAGAUUUCUACAGUAAAGUUUCUGAACAGGACUGGAUAAAUAGUUUCACACGUAUACUGUUCUAAUGUCGUCAUAUUAUUUUGUCAGGGCGUUUUUUUCUGAUUCAUGACGCCAUAAAUGUUCUGCUGGUUUUCAGAUUGAUGCACUGGGAAACUUAGCUGACCUGAAAGCAUCUGAUUAGUUCCUACAUCAGAGCCAGAUUGCCAUUAUUCCUCCGUGUGAGGGUUUGGUGAUGAAGCCUCAGCCAGCUCUGUGGUUUAGAAAUGUGAUGAGAAAAAGCUGCUCAGUGGACUUUUGAGCUGAUGUUGUGACACUUUGAGUCACAAAUGAACUUCAGUAUGUUGCUUCUUCAUAUCAGGGCUGUAAUGAACACUGAAGACUUCAGGUGGCGCUAGCACUUUUACACUUCAAGUGGUUGUUCGAAGUCGUGAAGAGCUUCAGAGAACCGCUAGAAACCACAGAAAGUUAAAGGAGCUCAGUAAUUAAGAGUUAACUGAGGAGGCGGAGCAACAAGGCUUCAAAUCUGAUUGGCUGGAUUGAUUAACAAGGUUGGCUUUUUUUGCACUAUAGCACGAUAAAUUUAGUUAUAAUAUUGUUGAGAAUGGAUGAAUUAUGGAAAAUUUCCAGUUUCAUUAAGUUUUCCUUCAGGUUUGGGUUGAAAGAUGGUAAGAUUCUUUCAUUGAACAAUGGAAAAAUUUGCUCUCUUUGUUGAGAAAAACUUCUCCUUUGUUUUACUGUUUUUAUGACAAAUCUAAUAUCUGGCCAAGAGACAAUGUUGGAAAAUUUACCAUUUGGCGACCAGUAGCACAUUUACAGUCAUUAAAAGUGUAAAUGAAGCUGCACAAAGCAAAACAAAGCUUCCUUAUAAACGACUUAGUUGCUGUUGUCUAUGAAAUGUUUGGUGACAGCUUCAAAAGUGGAGCAGAAAUACUCCAAAUAUGAUGAGAAAUGCUACAAUUAUGAGCAGAAAUACUAACAUGAGCAGAAAUUCUACAAAUAUGAGCAGAAAUGCUAACAACAUGAGCAGAAACACUGCGAAUAUGAUAAAAAAUACUAGAAAUAUGAGCAGAAAUACUCUGAAUAUGAGCAGACAUACUCAGAAUAUGAUCAAAUACUACAAAUAUGAGCAGAAAUAUUAUGAAUAUGAGCAGAAAUACUACAAAUAUCAGCAGAAAUACCACAAAUAUCAGCAGAAAUACUAUAUGAGCAGAAAUACUUCAAAUAUGACCAGAAAUGCUACGAAUAUGAACUUGCCCAAAAAAAUCCUCUUUUCCUGUUCACAAUACUACGAAUAUGAGCAGAAAUGCUCUGAAUAUGAGCAGAAAUACUCCAAAUAUGAUCAGAAAUACUUUGAAUAUGAUCAGAAAUGCUCCAUAAACCUCUCAGCUGUAAUGAAACAGGUGAUUUUCUGUGGUUUCCAGUGGUCUGUAUUUUCUCGUCAGUCUUCCUGCCUCCUCCUGAAUAACUUGAAGCAUCUUCUGUCUUCCAGUAAAGAAAAAACAGGUUAAAGGACGUUGUGUGUGUGUGUGUGUGUGUGUGUUUAUCUAUGCAGUAUUUGUUCUCACGGAGCACUAACUCCUUCAUCAACAUGUCAAAGUGUCAAAUCCGUGUCGAUGAUGCCGGUUAACCUGCACUGAGGCUCUCUGAAAAAAACAAACGAAGCUUUCUGCCGUGAACUUCCUCCUCUGUCCGAUGAUGUCAUCGUGAUGCAAUAAUGUACAGCUGCUGCUUUUCUAUUUGCUCCGCUUCCUUAUCUGCAUUACUGAAGCCACACUGGAAUGAACCAAACAGGGAUGCGCUGUUUGAAAUGAGAUUGUUUGUUUGUUUGUUUGUGUGUGUGUGACUGAAAUGACCGUCAACCAUCUGAUUUAAUAACUUUGCUUCCAAAAUAAAAGCUUGUUUUCCUUUUACCUGAAUGCCAUGCAAACAGUGGAAUAAUUUAAGUGUUUAAAGGAGCAAACUACUGCACACAGGGCUUCUCUCUGAAAGAUGCAGAGCUGUUUCUGUUUUUUAACACACCUAUACACGACCCACAGUUUGGUUUAGUGUUUAAAAGAGAUAUUUGUGAGUUUUAUCUUCAAUUCCACUAAUCAUCUCCAGUCAAGUCUUGAAUGAAACGAUUUGAAUCAGAUCAUCAAAAAGAGAGAAACAACAGUUCUCGUCGGAUAUUUCUGCUCUGAACAGUCAGUCUUCCUCAGACGUGUUAAAAAGCAGCAGCUCCUGCCUCAGAGAGCCUCCAUCAGCUUCUUUCUGUACAGUAUUUAUUCUCUCAGCUUGUUUUAUAUGAGGAUGAUGAUGAUGAUGAUGCAGAUAUGCAAAUGCAAACUCAUCAGGUUGAAAUUAUGUAACAUUUCUCUUCUUAUUGUUUUAUUUCUGUAAUUUUGUUUUGUUUGUUUUCAUUAAAAACUGCUGUACGUCCUA